UCUGGGUCCCCAACUUGGUUCGGGCCGGGUCGCAACCCACCAUGGCGCCAUGGCCGCUCCUGCUGGCCGCGAUCACGAGCACGACCAGUGCUUGGGCGGCGCAGAUAGCGGUGGCGCCCAAGCACAUCCUCGUGACAGGUGGAAUCAUGAAAAGCCAUCAGUUGAGUCUGGUACCCAUCAUCGAGGCGCUGCUGGAACGAGGACAUCAGGUGACCUUCGUGCUGCCCAACUCCAGCGAAGCCCAUGGCUGGUUCCCCGAAGGCAUCGGCCGUGCAAGAUUGCUACACCUGGGUCCCGAAGAUGGUGGAAUUGAGUCCAUCAAGAUUCCGGAUAUGAAGAAUUUGGCCGCGCAUCAGAAGAUUGCCGCCUUCUUGGAGUACCUGUGGAACUACCGGCGGAUGGUCGACAAGCCGCUCUUCGGGGUGACGGAUGAUUUGAAGAAGCUGCUCGAGCAGAGCAGCUUUGAUGUGGCCUUUGCCUCGAGCAUCACCCUGGGGUGCACCCAGGUGCUCAGUCGAAGUGGUUUGCCAUGGAUCGGCUUCAUGAGCAUUUCUGCGCAGCCAGAGUUUGUCAUCCAGGACACCGACCUGCUGUGCAAUUAUCCGAACAUGGUGAAUCCCAGAAGCCUCAACGAGCUCAAAGAGUCCCUCUGGAUGCGGGUGCAAAACCGCAUCGAGUGCAAGCUCCUUCACGCUUACACCUACUUCGUCGCCUGGAUGUUGAAUGGCAUGCUGCGGGACCGGGGCUUUCGAAAGGCGCCCAACGUCAUCGAUCUGCUGAUGGCCGCGCCCAUCAACGUGAUGCUGGGCGGGCCGCCCUUGCAGCUCCCCAUGCAAUUGCCCGCCAAGGUGCAGGUCGUGGGCGUCGUCGAGAGGGCUACACCUCGGCCUUUGCCCUCGGAGCUUGCAGCGUGGCUCGGGGACCACGAGAAGACCGUGCUCUAUAUUUCGAUGGGGACCAAGUACGAGCUCAGUCGAGAGAUCUGCCAAAAGCUCGUCGAGAUCUUGCGACGACUGCAGAACGAUUCCCUUCGAAUUCUUUGGUCCUUGCGUCCUCAGCAGCAAGAGCUCUUGCAGGACCUCCUCCCUUCGCCCAGCAGCACGAUGCGCAUCGAGGCGAGCCACUCACCGUGGGAGAACAACCACCGUCCACCGAGGACUGUAGAGGAUCCCAAAACGUGGGUGUUAAAGGUGGCAAAAACCGCCCGAGCGGCAGGUGUUGGUGGGGUAGGGGGUUCAAAUGGGAGGCAAGUGAAGAAAAAGCAGGAGACCCUGGCAGUUGGGAUGCAUCAUUCACAUCACUUGCAAGUCUGCCAAAGGCCUCAGCCAAGAGUUGGUUUACAACAACUAUUACUAUAAUCAAAAGCAACACAAACAUUUCCUGCAGUCUUGGGCUGGCAGGGGGUACCUUGAAAACAACAGAAACAAUCUAUAGACCCUUUGGAGACUCCUUCCUGCCAG